AUGAAGCUCCAUCUCCUGGUGAAGGUCCUGUUCGGGCCCGUGCCGGUCUACUUCUCGGCGCUGGCCAUCCUCAUCCUGCUGACCAACGCGCAGUACUUCGGGCUCGGCGGCGUCGGCGUGCCGCGCGCCACCAAGCUGGCGUCGUCCACGCCGGUGGUGAGCGUGAUGAAGUACUGCGACAUCUUCCGCGGCGAGUGGGUGCCCGACGCGGAGGCGCCCUACUACACCCACAAGACGUGCGGCAUGAUCCAGGAGCACCAGAACUGCCUCAAAUACGGCCGCCCCGACCUCGGCUUCCUCAAGUGGCGGUGGAGGCCGUCCGGCUGCGAGCUGCCGCGCUUCGACCCCGUCCAGUUCCUGCAGUUCGUCCGCCACAAGUCUCUGGCCUUCGUCGGGGACUCCCUGGCUCGCAACCAUAUGCAGUCCCUGCUCUGCCUCCUCUCACAGGUGGCGUAUCCCAAGGACAUCUCGGCGAACCCGACGGACCAGAACAAGGUGUACCACUACCGGGCGUACAACUUCACCAUCAACAUGUUCUGGUCGCCGUUCCUGGUGCGGGCGCGGGAGCCCGACCACGACGACCCGGCGCACACGGGGCACUACAGCCUGUACCUGGACGAGCCGGACGACAAGUGGGUGUCGCAGCGCAAGGCGUGGCGGGUGUCGCUGCGGGCGAUCAACGCCCUGGAGGCCAAGGUGAAGGGGCGGGUGAUGGUGCGGAUGCUGUCGCCCAUGUCGCACUUCGAGAACGGGACAUGGGACCAGGGCGGCAACUGCAAGCGGACGGAGCCGGUCCGGAGCAACCAGACGGUGAUGGAGGGCCGCGACCUGCACUUCUACACGGCGCAGAUGGAGGAGUACCGCGCCGCGGAGAAGGCCGCGCGGGCCAAGGGGCUGCGGCUGAUGCUCAUGGACGCCACGGCCGCCAUGCUGAUGCGGCCCGACGGCCACCCCAGCCGCUACGGCCACUGGCCCAACGAGAAGGUGCAGCUCUACAACGACUGCAUCCAUUGGUGCCUGCCCGGCCCCAUCGACAUCUGGAACGACCUCUUGUUCCAGAUGAUGCUCGUCUAG